GCACCAGUGACGCCAUCAAGACCCGAACCAAGCGGACCGGUACCACUGGUCUUUUACCCAGUACCUUCUCUCCAGUGGUCACCAGAACAGCUCUCACUGACAGAACAGCCCGCACCACCAGUUCACCAACCCACACCACACACGCUGCUGCCCACACCAAGACACAGGCCCACACUUUGGCCCCCACUGUCACUGAAGCCCUGUACUCAACCAGUGAUGAGGAAGAGGUGCUUCCAAGGACUGCUGCAGCUCCUACCGCUACCACUGCAGCUGUUACUGCUACCGCCACAGCUCAUACCAAUCUUACCACAGAGGUCAUCUUCACUGCACCUCCUAUAACUGAUACUGCAGUACCCAUCUCCAUUUUAGCUUCUAAAACUACUAAUACUGUACCCAUCUCAAACGCAGCUUCUACUAUUCCUUCUUCAGAUCCUACUACUGCUAGUAUAGCUGAUACCGCUAAUACCGCUGCUCCUAUUUCCACUGAAGAUCAUACCAAUAUUACUAACGCACCUAUCUCCAGUCCAGCUCCUGUAACUGCUGCUGGAGUUCCUAUCUUCACUGUUGCUUCUACAACUCCUUCUAUGGUUCCUAACACUGCUAGCGUAGCUGAUGCCACAAAUACUGCAGUGCCUGUCUCCACUGUAGAUGAUACCAUGGCUACCACAGCUCCAACAAUAGCUGCUACAGUGCAUAUUAAGACUUCUACAGCCCCCAUCUUUGCUGUAGCAUCUACCGGCACAAAUAUAGCUCCUACCUCCACUGUACCUACUACUAUGCCAACAACAUCUCCUAACACAACUACUACAGCACCUACCCCUACUACUGUAUCCCCUACCAUCCCUACUACAGCUAUGACUACCACUGCCGAAGCUCCUACCACUGCAGUUAUUAUCAUGACUGAAGCUUCCACUAUGACUUCUGCAGCUCCCACUACCAGUACUAUAGCAGCUACCUCCAGUGUAACUCCCACUAUAUAUACUGCUUCUACCAUAACCUCUGCAGCUCCGACUAUGACUAAAACAGCUCGUACAACUACCACUACACCUCCUACUACCAGUACUACAGCAGCUACCUCCAAUGUAACUCCCACCACACCUGCUGCUUCUACCAUAACCUCUUCAGCUCCAACUAUGGCCAAAACAGCUCUUACCACUACUACACCUCCUCCUACCAGUACUACACCUCCUACUACCAGUACUUUACCUCCUGCUACCAGUACACCUCCUACUACCAGUGCUAUAGCAGCUACCUCCACUGUAACUCCCACUAUAUAUACUGCUUCUACCAUAACCUCUGCAGCUCCGACUAUGACUAAAACAGCUCGUACAACUACCACUACACCUCCUCCUACCAGUACUACAGCAGCUACCUCCAAUGUAACUCCCACCACACCUGCUGCUUCUACCAUAACCUCUUCAGCUCCAACUAUGGCCAAAACAGCUCUUACCACUACUACACCUCCUCCUACCAGUACUACACCUCCUACUACCAGUACUUUACCUCCUGCUACCAGUACACCUCCUACUACCAGUACUACAGCACCCACCUCCACUGUAACUCCCACCACAUAUACUGCUUCUACCAUGACCCCUGCGGCUCCUACUACCACCACAACUGCGACCACCACAACAGAACUCACAUGGACCACGACGUAUCCCACCACUACUGCCUCGACACUGAGGUUCGAGACCACAGAAGCUGUGAAGUGUAGCGUGAACCUAACUGAAGCCGGCAUUACCCAAAAAUCUAUUCUGCUAAGAUUGAUUACCCCCGGAGAAGCGUGCAAUUUCAGUGUGAGUCCCGACGACGGAACAUCUGACACGGAUUGUGAGAGCGACGGAGAGUACAGGCAGAAGUUUAAAUGCGAGAUAAGGGAUUUGGAACCUGGCACCGUUUACCACCUGGGAAUUAUAUCCAAGACUGAUGGAGAGCGAGCCAACGUUUCACUGCAAACAGAGCCUCAGGAGCCUGCCAGCCUGAAUGCCCUGCCUGACGUGGGCGGAGCCGGGCUGAGGGUGUCAUGGACCCGCUCGCCCGGCCGGGUGGACUGGUAUGACCUGACGCUGUGGGACACGGUGACGGGCGAGACCCAGAGCACCCGGGUGAUGGGCACCGCCGCCCAGCAGUCCGGCUUCACCGCCCUCACCCCUGGCACGCCCUACACCCUCAGCCUGACGGCCAUUGCCGGAAACAAAACCUCAAAGGCUGUGACGGCCACGACGGCCACAGCUCCUUCGGCUGUCAGAGGCCUGCAGCUCUCCCAGUCCUCCAACAGCCUGGGUGUUUCCUGGCAGCCAGGCCCAGGGAGGGUAGAGCGUUUCCGGCUGCUGCUGAGGGACUAUGACAGCCUAAUCCAGAAUGUAUCCCUGGAGAGCAGCGUCACCUCCUACAGCCUGAACAGCCUGAUCCCAGGACACCUCUACAACGUCACCGUGGUAACAGAAGCUGUGGGACAACAGACCUCUGUCUCCAAACAGGAAAGGACAGCUCCUGCGGCCGUGUCGGACCUGAAGCUGGUGAAUAAUGGCAGCCGGGACACCCUGCAGGCCGUAUGGACCCGGGCCUCGGGUGACGUGGACACCUAUCUGGUCACCCUGUCCGCCCCCAGCUCACCCCCUCAGGAGAGGACCCUCCCCGCCGGCACCUCCAACGCCCUGUUUGGCAGCCUGACCCCCGGGCGCAUGUACCAGGUGUCUGUCCGCAGCAGGAGCGGGGAGCGGUCGGCUGAAACGCAGGCGUCAGGCAGAACAGUGCCAGACUCGGUCGGUCAGCUGGCGAUGGUGGGCCUCACCGAGCAGGGUGCUCUGAAGAUGACGUGGGCGGCCCCUAGAGGAGACUGGGAGAACUACCGCAUCCUGCUAUUCAACGGCUCCCUUCCGCUGGUGAACAGGACUAUGGGGAGGAGCGUGCGGGAGUACACCUUCUCUGGCAUGAGCCUGGUGCCUGGAAGACUGUACAAGGCUGCGGUCAUUGUGGAAAGUGGAGCCCUGGCCAGCACCUCGUACUGCCAGGGCAGGAUAGCUCCUCGCCCGGUCCAGCAGCUGCACAUCCGCCACGCGGACGAGACGUCGCUCAGUGCCAUGUGGAGCCACACCGCCUCGGAGUGGGACGGCCACACGGUGCUGCUGAAGUACCAGGGCAAGCAGGUGGCCGAGCGGCACCUGUCCCGCGACAUGAGGGAGUGCACCUUCAACGUGCUCACGCCCGGGCGCCAGUUCACCAUCGAGGUCGUCACCAAGAGCGGGAACAUCAGCAGCUCCGCCUCCGUGACCGGAAGGACCUUGCCCGCCGAGGUGAAGCGCCUCAGCGUCAGUAACCAGGGCCGCACCGACAGCCUGCAGACCAGCUGGGAGCGCGCCGCCGGCGACAUCGACUCAUACCGCCUCCUGCUGGUCCACGACAGCAUCGUCAUCAAGAACGAGAGCGUGCUGGCCGACACCACCGCCUACCACUUCCACUCCCUCAAGCCUGGCGCCCUCUACAGGGUGGUGGUGACCACCGUCAGCGGGGGCCUGGCCUCCAGGCAGACCGUGGCCGAGGGGCGGACAGUGCCCGCGGCCGUUGGCGAGGUAACGGUCAGCAACAACGGCCGCACGGACUUCCUCAGCGUGUCGUGGCGCCCGGCUCAGGGUGAUGUGGACAGCUACCUGGUCACCCUGCGGGACCGGGAGAAGGUGGUCCACACGCUGGCUGUCUCCAAGUCCAGCCCGGAGUGCGUCUUCAAUUCGCUGGUGUCCGGGCGCCUCUACAACAUCUCCAUCACCUCCCGCAGCGGCCGAUACGAGAACCACACCGCGGUGCAGGAGCGCACACAACCCUCCAGCGUUCAGAACCCCACGGCGAUCCACUCAGCCCGAGACGACUACCUGAAGGUGUACUGGCGCCACGCCGCAGGCGACUUCGACUACUACCAGGUGGUCAUCAAGCACAACAACAUCUUCCACCAGAACAAGACGGUGCCCAAGUCGCAGAACGAGUGCGUGUUCACCUCUCUGGUGCCCGGCCGCCUGUACACCGUUGUUGUCAGCACUUGGAGCGGGAAGUACGAGUCCAGCGUGUCCACAGACGGGAGGACAUUCCCAUCCACCGUGAGCAACCUGGCUCUGGCGGAGAGGGGGACGGAAGACCUGCGGGUGACCUGGGCGUCAGCGCCGGGCGACGUGGACCACUACGAGGUGCAGCUGCUCUUCAACGACAUGAAGGUGUUCCCGCCCACGACGGUGAGCAACACGGUGGGAGAGUGCCGCCUGUCCAACCUCACGCCCGGCCGCCUCUACAAGAUCGUGGUGUCCACCUUCAGCGGGCCCAAUCAGAGGGCCCAGUUCAUCGAGGGCAGGACAGUGCCCAGCAAGGUGAAGAACAUCCACGUCAGCAACAACGGGCAGAGCACCAGUCUGAAGAUCAACUGGACCCCGGGCCUGGGGGACGUGGACAGCUACUCCGUGUCCCUGUCCCAGGGAGGGCGCCUGCUGGAGAUGCGGCCUGUCCCGAAACAUGUCAACGAGCUGGGCUUCCAGAACCUGCAGCCGGGCCAGCAGUACAGCGUCAGGGUCCAGUCCAUCAGCGGCAUCUUCAUAAACAACAACACCGCCAGUGGGAGAACCGUCCCAUCCUCUGUCACCGCGCUCCAGGUGGACAACAAGUACACCUCCAGCCUGGUGGCCACCUGGCGGGCCGCCACGGGCGUGUCCGACGGCUACCUCCUGCAGCUCCUGGACGAGCGCGGCGUCCUGGUGGCCAACAGCUCGGAGCCCGCCGGCACCACCCAGCACCGCUUCGACCACCUGACCGCCGGGAAGAAGUACCGGCUGCAGGUGCAGACGGUCAGCGGAGGGAUCCAGAGCGAGGGGGCAGUGGCUGAAGGACGAACAUGUCCGGCAGCGGUCAGCGAUCUGACCGUGAAGGCCAACAACACCAGCAGCCUGACCUUCAGCUGGGCCUCAUCGGAGGGGGAGUUUGAGGCUUAUGAGAUCUACCUGUACAACAGCAAUGGCAUCCUGAAGGACCGCAAGGACGGCAAGCCCAGCACCAGGGACUGCAACUUCGAGGGCCUGCAGCCCGGCACCCAGUACAAGGUGGUGGUUCUGACCCGCAGCGGGAAGCAGACCAACAACUCCUCCAUCUGUGCCCGGACAGUGCCGGCCCCAGUGACUGCCCUUCAGACCCAGAACAGGAACCGCACAGACAGCCUCUGGGUGAGCUGGGAGCGGCCGACGGGGGAGCUCAGCGGGUACCUGGUGUCGCUCUACAACCCAGACGGUUCCCAGCAGGCCGAGCAGCAGCUGCAGGCAGAGCUGAAGGAGCACGUGUUCCAGGGCCUGGUCCCGGGACGGCUGUACAGCGCGGUCGUCCUCACCCGCAGUGGGGAGCUGGUCAACACUGCCACCGCCGUGGGGAGGACCGCUCCCAAGCCCCCAACUUCGGUGUCCUUCGCCGGGGUGACCAACACCUCCCUGGAGAUCACCUGGAGCGCCCCGGCGGGGACCGACUAUGACGACUUCGACUUGCAGUGGGCGCCGCAGGACCACCUGUCCGUGUUCAACCCCUACCAUACCCGCAGCUCCGGCUCCCGCAUCCUGAGGGGCCUGUACCCGGGACGCCUCUACAACUUCAGCGUCCGCACCGUCAGCGGGGGCGGGGCCAAGGGCGGUGCGCCCGCCUACAGCCUGCCAAUCUACAAGAGCAUCAGGACAAGGCCGGAGCGUAUCCAGCACAUCCACUGCCGGCCUCAGAGCUCCAUGGCCAUCUCCUGCUCCUGGAGCCCGCCGGAGUCGGACUACGACUCCUACACCAUCGAGUGCCUGCAUCAGGACUCGCGCACGCUGGUGUACUCGCGCCGCACCGGCCGCGACAGCACCCUCUACAACAUCGCCCAGCUGGAGCCCCACAAGCGCUACACCAUCUCCAUCAAGGUCAUCUCCGACAGCAUGACCAGCGAGGCAGCCGAGGACAGCGUGGUGACCAUGAUCGACCGCCCUCCCCUCCCGCCCCUCACCACCCGGGUCAGCGAGAAGGCCGUCCACAUCACCAAGUCCUCCGUCUCCUUCAAGUUCAACUGCAGCUGGUUCAGCGAUGUCAACGGGGCCAUCAAGUUCUUCACCGUCAUUGUUGCUGAAUCUGAUGACAGUGAAAACCAGCAGCCUGAUCAGCAGCACCCCCUGCCCUCCUACCUGGAGUACAAGCUCAACAGCUCCAUCAAGGCCUACCAGACUGCCUACUUCCCCAGCCGCUGCGCCGAGAACCCCGACAGCAGCGGCCAGGGCUUCAAGAUCAACCUGGGCACCGGCAUGGACACCCUGGGGGGGCGGUGCGACCCGGACCAGAGCCAGGAUCAGGACCAGAACCACAACCAGGGCCCAUUUUGUGAUGGGCCACUAAAACCCAAGACUGCAUACAGGCUCAGCGUGCGGGCCUUCACCCAGCUCUUUGACGACGAGCAGAGGGAGUUCACCCAGCCCCUCUACACCGACACCUACCUGUCCCUCCCCCUGGUGACGGAAGCAGAACCCCUCAGCGGAGUCAUCGAGGGCAUCAGCGCUGGCAUGUUCCUCGUCGCCGUGAUGAUAGGGGUCACCGCGCUGCUCAUCUGCAGGCAGAAGGUCCGCAAAGUGAGCGUUCAGGAGCGGCCGGUGGUCAGAAUGAGCAUGAGGAGGGAGAGGCCCACGUCGGGGAUGCACAUGGGCGUCAGGAGCAAUCGGCGCAUUUCAAGCCCCAUCAAGGUUGCCAACUUCGAGAACCACCUGGCCAAACUCCAGGCCGACUCAAACUAUCUCCUCUCGGAGGAGUAUGAGGACCUGAAAGACGUGGGCCGAAACCAGCCCCUGGACUGCGCCCUCCUGCCCGAGAACAGAGGAAAGAACCGAUACAACAACAUACUGCCCUACGACUCAACCAGAGUGAAGCUCUCGCACGUGGACGAUGACCCAUGUGCUGACUACAUCAAUGCCAGCUACAUCCCAGGCAACAACUUCCGGCGGGAAUACGUCGCCACCCAGGGCCCCCUCCCCGGGACCAAGGACGACUUCUGGAAGAUGGUGUGGGAGCAGAACGUGCACAACAUCGUCAUGGUGACACAGUGCCUGGAAAAGGGGCGGGUGAAGUGUGAUCACUACUGGCCUUUCGAUCAGGAUCCCCUGUAUUACGGAGAUCUCAUUGUUCAGAUGCUGUCAGAGUCCGAGCUUCCUGAGUGGACUAUACGGGAGUUCAAGAUCUUCAGUGAGUACCAGCUGAAUUACUCCAAAGUGGUGCGGCAGUUCCACUACACGGUGUGGCCGGACCACGGCGUGCCGGAGACCACGCAGUCGCUCAUCCAGUUUGUGAGGACGGUUCGGGACUACAUCAACAGAACCCCGGGGUCCGGACCCACUGUGGUGCACUGCAGCGCUGGGGUGGGGCGAACGGGCACCUUCAUCGCCCUGGACAGGGUGCUGCAGCAGCUGGACACCAAGGACACGGUGGACAUCUACGGCGCCGUCUUCGACCUGCGGCUCCACCGCUCCCACAUGGUGCAGACCGAGUGCCAGUACGCCUACCUCCACCAGUGCGUGAGGGACGUCCUGAGGGCCAGGAAGCUGCGCAGCGAGCAGGAGAACCCCCUGUAUCCCAUCUACGAAAACGUCAACCCGGACUACCACAGAGAUAUGGUGUACACCCGACGCUAAAGCUCACUAUGACCUCCACUCCACUGACUGCGAAAAGCAAACCUGUUUCUAUGGCUGAUUUCACAUGUUGAAGCGCUGCAGGGAUACAUGGCAAUUUAUUUUUGUACACUGUUUGGGGACUGUUUCCCAUCUGUCCUGUAAGAGAUAUUAUAAAGCUAUUUAACUGUAACAGAGUAUUGUAUAUACUUGCAUAUUAUAUUUAUGUAAAUAUAUAUAUAUAUAUAUAUAUAUUUUUUUUUGCAUUUUCAGAAUGGGCUUGUGUUCUGUUGGUCUUUGCAGAUGAGCUACAUCAUUUGCACUGGUGGAGCUUCUGAGAAUCGCAGGCUAAUGGAACACUAGGGUGUUUAAGUGCAUGUAUGUUAAGGGAAUAAGCCCAUUAAUCGCAGUCAAAUUUGGCUUUGUACAGCCAUUUACAAGAAGUCAUUUGAGCUUCCCAGAACCAUCUGAAGUACUCCCUCUCAGUGUGAAAUGUACAUCCAGAAGCCAUUGAGACAGUGUUAGCUAGCGGAGCUUUGUCACCUGGGUGCAAUAGCAUUGUAACCAGGAGCAUUGUAUGAAGUCAUUCAGUGUAGCAGACUUUAUAGCUGCUGUAGAAUUAGGGUGUGGGUUUGGCUGCCGAGGGAAUGGCGAUAUUUCCGCCACCUUCCUGCCUGUUCAGCAGUCUCUGCGCCGCUGUUCCAAGGACGAUUUCUCUCAGAAACCUGAUGCAAGGGAAUGUUCGCGCAUUUUCGCAUGUAAAUUCCAGCUCAGCUACCUCUUUGUCUCCACGGGACGGAAAUGAAUGUGGAGGUUCCGUUCUCUCUGCUGACUCAACCAACAGCCGGUCUCAUGGGGGUAGCACCUGUCCCCCGCAACCCUGUUUUAGCGGUUGAGUUCUGCCAUAGUUCUCAUUAGCAAUACUCAUAUACAUAUUGCAGUCCUCAGCAGCAGCAGCAGCUUUGCAUGCAGGUAUCGGUAAAUGCUUUGUCCAGUGUCAAUCACAGAUAGCAUGAGAAUGAGAAUCACCUGAGAAUCACCUUUGAGUGGCGCCCCAUCUGAGGCUUUGGGGGCAGUUCCCCCAAGUUCUUCGCCUCAGGGUCCCCAAAUUCACCCCAGGUUUUCCCCUCAUUGUGUAAUGCACGCCGCCAAGCUUCCAGCAAAUUUGCAAAGAAGUAAUGCAAUCUAAUCUCUUUCCCACUUGCAGAGUAUAGCACUGUACAUGAGCCUAGUACAAAUACAUUUAGUUGAAAAGUGACAGCUUUUUGAAUCUGUGAGCAUUGAAAAACCAGAAAGUCCUUCCACCUUUAUACGUCACAGGGUGCAUGUUUGUCACAGGCACCAGAGUCACUGUCCCGCAGAUUAUUAUUGAGGGAGAUUUACCAACAGCAAAUCACUGUCCCUCACUCCAAAUACAAAAAGACAGGAUUUAGGUGGAGCUGUGCUAAGCUGUGUUGUAAAUUCCUAAAAAAAAAAGUCUUUAUGUUGUCAUUUUCCAUAAAGGGUCAUGUUUGUGUCGCCCCCCGCCCCGACCCCUCAGUCUAGAUUGCGGUUCCCUCUUGUCCCUUGUUGGCUAGUCCCAUGUAACAAUGUGUUUGUCCUGGGGCUGUUUCACUGGCUGCCUAAACAGGGCAGAUCCCCCCUGCAUACAGCCCACAUAGCAGGAUGCGUAACACACACAACGUUUCUGUAACGUUGUGACAACAUGCUGGCAAUACUGCAGAAGAGUUCUGCCAGAGCCCCAGGAGCUGAAUGCACAAUCCAUGUAACAGGUCUAAAAAAAGAUUAGGGUAGAAAGUGUCUCCUAUCACAAUAGUGUAUCACAAUAGUUUACGGCAGUAGUGCUAAAAGCCCCCGGUAUGUCCCAGGUAAGCACACUGCCGGGGGACCGAUGGAAGGUGUCAUACAUUCAGGUCUUAAGCACGACCUCACGUUGGCUGUUGGGCUUCCAGUGCUUAACAAAGACAUCACGUGCGCUUUGCUUAUUAGCAAUGGAAUGACUUUUCUCUUAUCUUCACCACUGCCGCCUCAGCAUUAAGACGGCAAUUUCCGAGGCUAGGGUCUUUAAUAUCGUGCUAACUUAUGACAAAGGAGAUUUUCACAAAGGUGUUUGAUUUUCUUUUUAAAUAUUUUUUUAAGGAUUUUGUUGAUAUUUAAGAGGAGAGCAUUUCUUAUUUGACAAAUAUGUUAUCUGAAAUUAAUUGGGGGUUAUAGUUUGAAAAGACCAAUAACCGUACAUGCUGUAACAAUUUCAUUUUGCCAAGAUAAUGCAGUCUGACUGACUAUAUCAGUCAGGUAUCUGUAGCAUUAGUUUCAAUAUGAACUUUAACUGCACUUUUCCCAAAAGGACAACACAAAGUCAGUGCUUCAGAAACUUAAAAAAAUCUACUCAGACACACUUAGAUUAUAACCACAAAAGAAUACUGUGCUACUCUAAUGUAUGUUGUUUUACUUACUGGACCGAUGAUGAAAUGUAGAUGUAAAUAUGCUGUAAAUAUAACCCAUUUUACCUUUGA